AGAAGGAGGAGAAAAAGGAGGAGGAGGCGGAGCCCUCAGCCGGGCGGCGGGAACGGCCCCUCAGUGAGGGGCGGAGCGGGGCCGCCAUUGCGGGAGCUGCGGCCUUUCCUGGGCACCGGAGUGUAUUGCUGGGUCAAGUGGAAAAACCGUGUGAGGAGACAGAUGACCCCCACAGUUUCAAGUCAUACAGGAAGGUGCUGGAGUCUUAAUUCUUAAUUUAUCUUAAGAAAAAAAGGCCCUGAUGUUGUCCUAGUGCUGUUCCUGUAGCUCAAGUCAAUAUGUCGACGAAAUCCAAGGCCCCGCUUUCCUUGUCCGACUGCCUCUGCCAGAUUUGCAUGGAGAUCUUUGUGGAGCCUGUCACGCUGCCAUGCAGCCAUACCCUCUGUAAUUCCUGCUUCCAGAUGACAGUGGAAAAGGCCAGUCUUUGUUGCCCCUUUUGUAGGCGUCGAGUCUCUUCCUGGGCACGGUACAAUACCCGCAGAAAUACUCUUAUCAACUGGGAGCUCUGGGAGAAGAUUCAGAAGAAUUACCCGGAGGCGUGCGAGCGGAGGAUUAAUGGGCAGGAUUUGGAUGAGGAGAUCUGUGUCCCCAAGCCACAGCACCAGCUGAGCAAGCCUGGGGAGCUGAGGCAGGAAUAUGAAGCAGAGAUUAGUAAGGUGGAGGCAGAAAGGCGAGCACACGAACAGGAGGAGAACAAGGCGAGUGAGGAGUACAUCCAGCGGCUGCUGGCAGAGGAGGAGGAGGAGCACAGGUUGGCAGAAGAGAGACGGAAGGAGAUGGAAAAGCAGCUGAAGCAAGAUGAAGAGCUGGCCUGGCAGCUCAGUAACAGUCUGAAUGAGGAUUCUGAGGGACACGUGCUCGGCAGCCCGUCACCAGCACACAGCCUCUCCCUUCAGACAUCCCCACUGAACUCGGGCAAGGCAAAGAACAAACCAAGCAACUCUGGAGACAUUCAGAAGUAUCUGUCUCCAAAGAAUUAUGGUAUGUUGGGAUCAGCAUCGUUCUCUAGUACCACAGGAGGAGGCAGGAGCAACUCUGUCUCUGCGGAGACCAACAGCAAUGAAGGCAGCAGUUCUGCGCUGCAGGAUGAGCAAGAGGAAAUGCCAACCCUGUCUCCACAGCUGACCAGUGUAAAUAAAGAUUCCGGUGCUAAGGAUUCAUUUUUGGAAUCAUGCAUGAACUAUUUCAGUGCCUCAGCUUCAGGUGAAACUGCCACUGUCAAGCAGGAAAAAACACCAGGACCAAGUAGUUUAGAAGAUGGAGUUCCAGAUGCACUUCAUGGGACCAUAGAAGGGGAAGGGUCUAGAACAGUUCUUUCUACAUCCAAAGAAGAUGAUGGAAUUGAGUCAGACAGUGGCAAUUUAACACAUGUCCAAAGGAUAAACCUUGAAAAGUCUGAUGAAACUUGUACCUCUGUUGAGUUAGGGAUGAAUUGUGUGAUGUCUGACAGCCAGACUGCAUUGCAUGAUCUGGGGAAAGAGGCUGGACACUCAGAUGUAGAGACACCAGAGAGGCCACAAAACUCUAAGGAGGUUCCCAAAAGGAAGUUACUGGAGGCCCCAGCUGAUGUCACGAUUGACUUGGGCAUUCUUGAUAAGAGGAGAAGAACCUUUUCAGAAAGUGUAGAAGACCAAGGAGAGCAGAUGAGUGAUUUUAACUUGCAAACACAAAGAGCCUUUGAGCAGCAGUUCUAUGAAAGGCGCAGGCAGGAGGAGCAGGACAGGCUUCUGGCUCUGCAGCUACAGAAGGAGCUCAACAAGGAGGAAAGGACACUUAACCGACAGAAGGGCUCUCCAGACGAGUAUCUUCUUCGCACCAAGCCACCUCUGUCUGUGAAAGACUCUCCUGCCAGAAAAGGAAGUUCCAGGGUGGCAAAAGACUCAAAGGGAUCAAAAACACAGGCUGAAACCAAUCACCACAAGACUCGGAAAGGUUCCUGCAAUGAAAACUGGCAAUCCCCUGCCAGGGUCCGGGUGAAAUCCCCCAGCGUCAAGGAAGGAAAGGUUUUGAAUUGUGUGGUUAAUACCAGUGACACAAAUGAUAUUUGUUCACUGCCUAAGAACAAGCAAAAGACAAUCCUGCAGAUGUUUAAAAGCCCUGUCGCAGAGUAGAUCAGCAGAGCCAUGGACAUGUGGUGGAGUGGGAAUGGUAACUGGAGUGGGAAUGUGGUGAUGUUCUCCUGUGUUAGGCAAAGCUUCCCUAAGCAGUUCUGAGUUGUUGCUUUGGAGUGGAACCACUUUGGGCAGCGGUGCUCUGAGUUCUGAGAAGUUUUAGUAACAUACACCCCCAGAAUGUAAUAUUUUUUAAUUGUGCUUUUCUUGAAUAUUAUUUUCUAGCACUUGCAGCGCUUCUUGCAGGACUCGGAGCAUUUCUUAUUUUCUAGCUUGCAUUUACAUGGUUUGGAGUGUGAAUACUGGUAGUGUUGAAAAACAAGGAUAACUGAUGGUCUGAUCAUAAAAUGAGAAUCUGAAGCCUUUAAUGGAAAAGAUGCACAUUCUGUGGAGGAAACAAGUGAAAAAUGAGUCUGUAUUCCCAGCUGGCUUUCAGCUGCAAGGUUGAAGCUUCCCUCAGCACAACCACUGUUCUGUAAAUUGAAGCAUGUUGCUGGAAUUUAGGCUGUUUCUGGAAUUGCAUUGUUCGCACACCCAUUAACACGAGUGUAACCAGCCAGCCACUCUUUGCCUCUCAUAUGCUAACCCCUCCCUCGGACAAAGAGGAAAGAAACUGGUCAUUCUCCACUUCCAAAGCCAAGGGUCUUUCAUGGAUGCCAAGGCUGUGGGCUCCCAUUCACCUCCAUUCAGAGAGAUCCCUCCUGCAGAUCCCAUUUUCCCUGUUGUUAAGAACAAGAACAAGAGACUUUUGUUUUCUUAUUGUUAAUGUUCUGCAACUUUACUCUUGUACAACUGUGUUACUGUAUUUAAUGCUGUUUAAUUUUCAUACUCAAACUGGUUUGAGUGUGAUUACAGCAAUAGUCCAGAAGUCAGUUAUGAUGGAGAAAGUUAAAAGGAAAAAAGCAACUGACAACUGGAGUUGUCAGUAAUGACAUAACUGUAAUUAGAGGUUCACAUAACUGCCCUGCCUGGCUGUAACUGUUCCCCUCCCUUUUUAGAGGCACUACCAAAUACUGUUCCUGUUGGGUUUAAAACUAAAAUAACUCAAAAAAUUUUAUAAUUUAGACGUGGAGGUGCUGAGGCCUGUAGGAGGUUGAGGCUGGUCCAGAGGCAGCCAGAUCCUACUAUGCAGAGGAAGUUUUCCUGCUAAUUGUUUCAUCUGUUGUUUUAUGAAGCCAUAUUUUGGCUUUUCUUUGCUUCUUCAGAGCUACUUUUGCACUGUCUGUAUUUGAAAUAGAGCCAAGUGCCAGCUGCAGUGCUGAAGGGUGUGUGCUAGUCACCAAAGUCAGCAAAUGUUUGAGUUUUGUUCAUUUUUGGAACCCCAUUGGUGAAUUUAAUUCUGUUCUGGGAAAUUCCUAACAGACUUGUUUCUUCAUCAUCAUCUUCUGAUGGUUUAAGUUUUAAAAAACCAAAUUUUAUGGAAAGCAUGACCAGCACACUGAGCCAAAAAUAUUAAUUGUUGGGGUUUUCUUUUUCCCUGAAGCCUGUGUGUCUCUAUCAUUGUUGGGCUUCUCACAAAUAAAUGUUCUGUUCAGAGAUGUUUUUUGAGACAGUUACAGCAGGUGAUCAGUGGCAAAUCCUUCGAUUUUUCUCCUGCUGCCUCAGCCAUUGUUCUGGAAGCCUUCCUUCAAUAUGGAUCUGUUUUUCUUUAAUCCUUACCACAGUUGGGAUUAUUUUCUGUCUUACCCAUGACAUAAAAAAAAAUUAAUUAAAGUUUUUUUUAAGGCAGA